AUGGCUCGCCGCACCCUCCGGUACGAUGCUGGUCGGCUGCGACGCCUUGGCUGGCAUCUGAUUCCACCACUUUUGUCAACCACAUUCCGUCACCCUCUGCUUCGAAUUCCAUGCACUACCGAGCCAAUGGAUGCCAUCCCGGCUUCUGUGCAGCCAUGCCAAACGCCACUUCGCCAGUCGCAACACUGUCGCUGUUGUUCGUCUGCGUUGGAUUCCAGAAGCAUGAAUGGGCCCGAAUCUGGGUCCGAGCCUUUGGUCCUUCCAUCAGAUUCCGCCAUCAUCCCUCUUAGGGUAUUCCAGGUGGUCGAAUCUUGCAUGGAACAGCUGCCGUCGAUGCUUCACAAUCGCCACUGUUACUUCACUAUCGAGACUUGUCUGCAGGUUUACCGUCAAUGGAAACCCGCACCUGUUGAUAUACGUCGAACUGCAUCGGUUCUUUGGAUGGCAGUCCAAAUGACCCAUCAUACGCAUACAUAUAAUCCACUAGCCAAGUUGUCGACCGUAGCAUGA